AUGGCGCACUCUCACUCCCACGAUGCCGGCAUCGAUCACACCCACGAUGAUCCCUUCAACGGCCACGGCCACUCACACGAUAUCCUCGAUGGCCCUGGCUCCUACGUCAACCGCGAGAUGCCUUUGAUCGAGGGCCGGGACUGGAAGGAUCGUGCCUUCACGAUUGGUAUCGGCGGACCCGUAGGAUCCGGCAAAACAGCCCUGAUGCUAGCGCUAUCUCGCGCCCUUCGAGACGAGUAUAACAUCGCCGCAGUGACGAACGAUAUCUUCACGAAAGAAGACGCCGAAUUCCUGACCCGGCACAAGGCCCUAGCGCCGUCCCGCAUCCGCGCCAUCGAGACGGGCGGGUGCCCGCACGCUGCGGUGCGCGAAGAUAUCAGCGCAAACCUGCUUGCGCUGCAGAAGCUGCAGAAACAAUUCUCGACGGAUCUGCUGCUGAUUGAGUCCGGGGGUGAUAACCUGGCGGCGAAUUACUCGCGCGAGCUGGCGGAUUUCAUUAUCUAUGUGAUUGACGUUGCGGGCGGUGAUAAGGUGCCUCGUAAGGGUGGGCCGGGAAUCACCGGGUCUGACCUGCUAGUCGUGAACAAGAUUGAUCUUGCGGAGGCUGUUGGGGCGGAUCUGGGUGUUAUGGAGAGGGAUGCUGCGAAGAUGCGGGAGGGUGGUCCGACGGUCUUUGCGGUUGUUAAGCAUGGCAAGGGGAUGGAUCAUAUUGUUAAUUUGAUUAUUAGUGCUUGGAAGGGCAGUGGGGCUUAUGAGGUUAGUUUGCAGCGGUGGAAGGAUGGGGCUGUUAGGGGGUCUGGUAGUGUGGAUGAGUAG